CGGAUGGCUUUAAAAACUACUCAAGAUAAUUCAGGUGUUUGGGAUACAGAGCGACAUGAAGAGGAACUAUUUUCCACAUUUAAUGAAAGAGAGAAAAAUAAAGAAUACGAAGACGAAGAUGAUGCAGAUUUGCGACAAACAGAACAGGCCUAUUUUGAGUCAGAGGAUAAAAUAGAUGAUACGUAUUGUGAGAUUCAAGACUUGCAUGAAGGGCAGGACAUAGAUUCAGAUGAAUCAAACUAUGAAACAGAGAAACAGCAAAAACAUUAUGAAAGCAAGGACGAAACUAACAAUCAAACACAUAAGCAAAGUAACAAUGAGCUUAAAGACAGCAGUUGUGUUGACACUCUGGAUUGUAAUGAGGAAGAAAUUAAAAAUGAGACUCCAAAAGAACCACAUAUCUUUAGCCAUGAAAAUGAAUAUCAUACACAGUCUCCUGUAGAGGAUAAAAGAAACGUGGAUGCAAGAAACAAUGGUUCGCAAAUACCAAACUUAAGCAUAUUUAAGGUCCCAUUUCCCAUUAAAGAUUUAAUUGAAAACGCAGCUAUUGAUUGGAAGCCACAUGCUGAAGCAACUGAAUAUUCUAACCGAUGUAAUGAAAGAACAGUAGAGCCUACAGAGUUUAGGAAGAUAUAUAUCGGCACACUUGAAGUACAAACAGAAAUUACCGAGGAAAGAUAUGAUUUCUCGAGUGAUGAAACAAAUUUGUCCUCUGAUAUUGACCCCGAGGAGCCAAAUCAAAAAGAAGAAAUAAAUGAGAAAUCAAUGAAGGAAGGAUUGAAAGAAACCACGUGUAGCUAUUCCUUGUUCCUGGUUUUUAUUGAUGUCUUGUUAGUGGUGUUAGGUGUGACCGCACUACUUACCUUUGAUAUGCAGAGACAUCCGUCAAAUAAUCAUCCAUCAACCAAGUUGAAGAUCUUGUCUGACUUAUAUAAAGAUGAUGUUUCUCGGUGUCUUAAGGGUCUUUACAACAAUUCAUGGCAAAAUGAUGGUUUCGUGUAUGCAGUUGGCGAUCGUGGUCGACCGACUUAUGUUCCACCAAUUCCACCAGACGAACCAGACAUACCACAACCAAAUAUAACCAGCAAUGCAACCAGAGAUGCGACACAAAAUGAAUACAACUCUUCAACAACUCCAGCACCAGAACUUGAUAUAGAUGACAUCAAUAGUCACACAUAUAUCGGUGUGCAAGAACUGAGAAUUUGCAGUCUAAAUGAUGGUAAUUCAACAAAUCAUAAUGAAGUUAGAAAUGGUGACCCUGGCGAUUUUAUCAGCCUAAGAAAUUUUCGUACUUUAAGACGUGAAAGAGACAGCUCACCAGAGUCCUUACCAAAUUUAAGAAAUGGCAGCAGUCAGUUUGAGCAAGCUGGUGUCAGUGUUACUACUUUAAAAUAUCAGGACGAUCAUUGCAAAAUAUCUGGUACAUCCAUUUUGACAUGUAAUAAUUUGCAUAUUGAGGGUACAAGUAAUAGAGAAAGACAAGUUGACCCAACAUGUUAUUACAUAGAUGGCGCUGGAAGUACUGCGAUUAUGACAAGGAAUAGAAAUAGUCAUGAUAUGAAUCAACAACAAAGUGAAGGACAAAAUGGGAAUGAAUUUGCAAAUUUUCUGUUUAACCUAACAGAGUUUGAAAGCUUUAUUCCAGCGUACUUAUCAAACAGAGAUGUUAGAGCUAGAACCUUCCGAAAUCCCCGAUAUCCCCGAUGGCCACACGAAUAUCUUUCCCCGGACGAAAUGGCGGAUGCCGGCUUGUAUUUUACAGGAACUGGAGAUAAAACUGCAUGUUUCUUCUGUCGAAAAUGCAUGGAGAAUUGGGAACCAGGUGAUAAUCCAUUAUUGGAACAUAGGAGACUUUCCCCAGGCUGCAGUUAUGUACAUGGUUUUUCGACUUAUACACCCCAGCCACAGGGGAUGUUUCCUAUUCGUGAACGAAACGGAAGGAGUGAGCUAGAAAGUGGUUCAGACACGCAACGUCUCACUAGAAACAUUACAUACAGACUACCAAACAGUGCUUCAGACCCGGCUUUACACAACAGGGUAACCACGGAUAUACAGCCACAUUUUGACGAUUCUCAAGAUGCAAGUUCAGCAAACCUAAUAGAAUCAAAUUCUUUAGGAAGAGCGCACGAUGUAUUACAUCCUCGUGAUACAGGGGGCUCACACUCGCAACUUCACAGCAUGGUUAGCUCGAGAAACAGCCUAUUUGUAGACAGGACAGUGCAAAGAACUUUAGGGUCAUCUGCAUGCGAAAAUACUUCUAGGAAGCUACAGACUUAUUCUGGGGAAAUUCAAGACGAAUCAAACUUGCCUGAAGCAUAUCCAACAAAUUUGUACGAGCUUGAUCUGUAUGAUGUUAGGAACUCAGAAUCGCAGCAUCCCAGUUAUACCGUGAGAAACAGGCGAUCUUCCUCAAGUAUAAGACAGACUGGCGAGUCCACAUAUGACAGGGCUACCAGUACACUACCUCUACGAACGAUUUCAAACAACUCAAUGCCCUCACUGUCAGCAAGAAACAUUGAGAGGAGCAGUCACCAAACAACAAGACAUACUGAACGCAUUGGUCAAAGGAAUAGAAUUGAAGAAAUACUUGAUUCCAGUUCCGGUAGAAGGUUUCUUAAUGACGGAUAUCAGAGAUCAGAUGUCGCUCGGGCUAUAGAGAUCACUCUAAGAGCCAGAACAACCGAAAGAGAGGUUGGUAAUAUCUACCAAGCAAUUAUGAUAGCGCUCAGUGUUUUACGCGCCAGGAGGAGGCGAUGUCGUUGAUAAUAAUGAUGAAAGUUUGAAGUUGUUUUAACAAAUGCAGGACAGCUAUAUAUACUUUUAUCUGUAAUUGUCCUUCGUGUUUUGUUGUUUUGCGUUUUUAACAACAUAAUAUUAAUUGUACAUACUCAUGUCCGUCAACAGGUUGAUAAAAUACUAUAUGUAAAUAAUGGAAACUAUGAAUCAGUAUAUAGGUUGAUGUAACGAUAGUUCUGAUAAGUGUGUUUUAACAAAGUAUUCAUCAAGGGGGAAUUUUGUCAACAUGGCUGUAUCUCCUUUUUAUAGAAGAAGUUCUUCAGUCAUUACAGCUAAGUGGUCAUGGAACGGUUAUUGAAUCUAAAAAAAGUUGUAGCCCAACGCUAGCGGACGAUAUCGUUAUUCUGUCGCCAAACAUUAAAUCUCUUGAACACUAGUUGAAUAUAGAGAACAAAUAUGCAUUCAGAUGGGGAUAUGAAUUCAAUGACAGUAAAUGCAAAUUAAUGCACUUUGGUAAUUCUAGCAGACAUGCGUCUAAAGAUAUAAAUAUUAAUUUCGGAAAUGAUGCCCUACGUCCGGUGGACUCGGUUACUCACGCCGGCAUUGAACUACACAAUUCGCAAAAAUGUUCAAGUGCUGUAGAAGCGCGUAUGCGAAAAUGCCGCUCAUCUCUAUUUUCUAUUCUAUCUAUCGACGAGACUCCUGGCGACGUGAAUCCCUUAGUUUUGGCAUCUUUAGUGAAAAAAGUUACAUAUUCAACUGCCUUUUACGAAGCGGAAAUAUGGAAUGAUUUGACACUGAUAUCCUUAAGCUGGAAAGGCUAUUCCUGUUAGCUGCCAAAUGCAUACAACACUUCCCAAGAAGAACUCAAACUGAUAUGACUCCAAGCAUGAUGGGAUGGUUACCUGCUAUAGCAGAAAUUGACAAAAGAAAGCUUUAUUUCCUGCAGUAACUCUGCACAAUGCCUACAACUUUAUUGACUAUCUUAAAUCCUCGUGUUUUGGAUAUAUAUGACAUACAUGAAUUUCUCCAAAAAGACUUCAUACAAAGUGCUUGUAAAUUUAUAUACGAUUGUUUAGUUUUUGAUAACUAAACCUUUUAUCUAAAUAAAGACAAGUACUUCAAAUGGCAGAAAAUAUUUUAGCGGUAUUGCCUCAUUUACAUAGCUUAUAUUUCGUUUCGGUAAGAUGUGUGAUACUAGGUUGAAUACUGAGGCAUUUUAACCAUAUAUAAUUACAUUGCAUUAUCAGUAUGAUAACUCAAAUGAAAUUUAAAUAUUAAAUAUGUAUAUAAAUGUGUUUUUGUUGUUACGCUUAAAUACUUAUUGC